AUGAAAGUUCUUCACUUUUUAGCUCCGAAUUCAGCUAAACCAACCAUUAUCAAUCUAAAGAAACAAUCUUACUGUACAAUCACACAAACCCAGUUCGUGUUUCUUCGUAAAAACAGAAAAAAUCAUUCGAUUAACUGCUCAAACAGUGGCAACAACAAUGGCGGCGAUGGCGAGAAGCUUUCUCAGCCGUUGGAUGGGAUGGAGAUAAGAUUCAAAAGAGGAUCGAGAAGAAGAAUGAGGGAAGAAGGUUUAGGAGAAGAAGGAGGAGGGCAAAAGGGUAAAAAAACAGAGGUUCAAAAGCCAUGGGAAGAGAUGACAUUGAAUGAGAAAGCAAUGGAGCUUUAUGUUGGUGAGAAAGGUUUGUUGUUUUGGUUGAACAAAUUGGCGUACGCUUCGAUCUACAUUGUGAUCGGAGGUUGGAUUCUUUUCCGGUUUGUUGGACCGGCUUUGAAUCUUUAUCAGCUCGAUACGCCGCCUCUUGAUCCUAAAAACAUCUUAAAGGGUUAA